AUGGCGCGUUACGAACUAGACCUCACCAUUUCCUCCGCCAAAAACCUCAAAAAUGUCAACUGGCGUCACGGUCCUCUCAAGCCCUACGCCGUCGUCUGGGUUGACCCGAAAAACAAAUGCUCCACACACGUCGACGAAGAAGGCGACGAGUCGCCGGUGUGGGAUCAAAAACUCACCAUCCCUCUCAACGAUCGGAUCGAGGACUCCACUCUCUACAUCGACAUCGUUCAUGCUAACGCGGCGGAGGACACCAAGCCGUUGAUCGGCUCCGCCAAGCUCAAACUCAAAGACGUCGUUGAUGAGGUCGGAAUCGGUGAGUAUUUCGUCGAUACUUUAAAACUCAAACGUCCCUCCGGCCGCCCUCACGGGACGUUGGAGGUGAAAGUCUCCGUUAGGGAACCGAGCUAUCGUGCGCCGGAUCCUUACUACGCACCUCCAUACGGCGUUCCACCACCACAAUCACAAUACCCAGCUGCUCCGCCACCUUACGGUGGGGGUUAUCCCUACGCUGCUCCGCCGUCUGGGUAUCCGUAUUCUCCGUACGGUGCUCCUCCUCAAUACGGUCAGCCUGGUUAUGGGCAGUCUACUGGUUACGGUGGUCAACAACCGUCGUACGGCGAGUAUAAGGGGGAGAAGGAAAGCAAGUAUGGGAUGGGAACUGGACUGGCGGUUGGUGCGGCGGCGGGAUUGGUGGGUGGGUUGGCGAUUGCGGAGGGGAUUGAUUAUGUGGAAGAUGAAAUCGCCGAAGAUGCCGCCGAGAAAGUUGAGGAUGAUCUCGGGUACGACGUCGACGACGAAUAG